AUGGACAGCGACUUUGGAAAACACAUCUCGUCAUCCCUUUUUACCUUUAUAGUCGGCCAGGAGAAAAAGGAAAUCGUCGUGCACUCCGCGCCCCUGGCCAGCCUGUCGCCCGCGCUCGACAAGCUUAUGAAUGGCACAAUGCUGGAGGCAAAGCUUCAUCAAGUCGACUGGUCGGCUGUAGUCGAGGAAGAUACGUUCGUUCGUCUUUGCGAGUUCGCCUACGUAGGCGAUUAUACGCCGCCGUCUUGCUCAGAUGAUGAGGCAGCGCCAGUGCCAACGCCCACCUGCAACAGCGAGGCGCCGGGCACCUACCUGGCCCCCACUGUGAGCGCCAGCCUGCUAGGGCCUCAGAACCCCGAAGCAGAUCUAGAGACACCAGAGACACCAGAGACACAACCUGAAAGAUCUAGGAAGAAGCGCAAGGGUAAAAGGUUCUACUCGAGCGUCGUACCAGCGAGCGAGACGAAACAAAUCCCUUACGAGGAUGACAACGCGCCAGCAGAGGAAACGUCCGAGUCUGUAGAGUUGGUAGAGGCAGCGCAGCCCUCUUUUUUUGCCGGCUAUACUUUACCAUACAGGGAAAAGAGUAUAUGGAGCGGGCACCUUCGGGACAAGUUUGCGAGUCUCAGUGUGCGAUUUACACAGUCGCAUGACGAUUUUUUAUCAAGGCAGAAAGCAAAGUUCGCUCCAAGGCGGAACUCUCACCCUCAAGAGGACUUCACACCCGUCUUUCUUGGGCAUGCAAACCUAUACAUUUUGGCUGAUACAUAUGGGAUCCUGCCACUCACGGACCUAGUUUUGUAUAAGCUGGCGACAACGCUAACAGAAUUCAGAGUGUGUGAGGACAAUGUAAGUGACAUGGCUGAACUGGUUCGAUGUUCUUAUCGAGGCACACGGCCUCAUGAUACUCUGAGGAUGUUGGUUACGACCUAUAUUGUAUCAGUGCUUGGCCAAAUUGGUGAAAAUGAUGAUUUUCAAGAGUUGCUGGCUGAAGGUGGGGAUUUUGUCAUGGACUUCUGGCAGGCAGUCUGGGCCUGA